CCCGCAGCCCGACCCGCCGCCCCCGCGCCGCCGCGACUGUGGGCCGGAGCUGUCACCGCGAAAACGCAGUAGGUACGCCUCAGGGCGGGGCUGGCAUGCUCCGGCGCGCAGCGCCACCGUCGCCGGCGGCACAGCCGGGAACCUUUCGUAGUUGUCAGAUUCACCACCAGGAGCAGCACACGACUGUCGAGACUUCCCAUAGUGCCAGUGAAGCCCGCUAGAGCGCAGUUGCUAGUGCGUUGCAGAACCCGGUAAUAUUGAAUGCCCGGUGGGUAGUGGCGGGCGCGCCGCUUGCGUGUCCGCGGGCCGUCUCUGCCGCCUGCGGUUAUUGCUGGCGGUGGUGCCGGCGUCGGGCCUCGAGCGCCCGCGCUGCUGCCGCUUCUACGGCCGCGCGCCCUGAAAGCGCUCCGCGUGCGCUGUUGCGGGCCGCCAGAGGCCACUUGAUCGAGCCCGUUCCGCUUUGUGACCUCCACUUUAUCAACAGCCGCGGGUCGAUUCUUUUUUUUGCCUUCAGACCCCUAUCUAUAUUCACGACGUUUCCCCACGCCCCCCGCGGAAUUCGCAGGCGACGAAUUGAAGGCGAGGUCGAGCGGUGAACGACCUGCCUUAGUAAUAGUGCCGCAACCGUACGUUGUUUUGCUUCCCGUCGUAAAAGCUAGAGCCGAUCCCCAGGAAAUUACGUGGGCGCGGGCUGUAAAGCGUGCAAGUCGGUGUUGCAAUUGCCUCUUCGUUGCGGUAGGCAGUUUAUUUCCGUCCGCGGUUCUCUCCUCCGCUCCGCUGCAGCCGCGCCAGUCUGACGCCUCGCGAAGCAAACGCGCCGAACAAAGCAAAAAAAAACACGGCCGCGCCGCGUAGUCGCUGAGUCGGUGCUUCGCCUUAUCUGAAACGACUUGCAGCGCGCUCCUCGUUAGCGGCGGAAAGUUCUGGAAUGCCUUUUUGUCGCCGUCCGAGCUAUCUGCGGAGGAGGCGGCGGCGGCUGCUGCGGGGUCACCUGGCCAGCUGAUCGACGUGGCGGCAGACGCGGGGGAGGAGCAGGAGGAGGCAUGGCGCACGACUACACGCUGCUUGGGCCGGGGCCUGUGAGGCGCCGCAGCACUCUGGCCGGCGGCGGUGCCGAGGGGGCGGUAUAUAGCCACCUCGGUGCCGCCCGCCCGCCCGCCCGCUAUACCAUGGAAAGACGCUUGCUCCCCCUUGACGCAUCGCCCUCUCGCCUCUUGUGCAGGCCUCGCUUGCAGCGCCGCUACGUCUUCGCCAUCGGCCUGCUGCUGUUGGCAGCCGCUGGCCUGGUGGUGGUCCAGCUAGUCUACCAUGUGUCGUCCGCCCACGCGGCGCCUACGCCCGUCCGGCGAGAGCCGCCCGACCCGCACGAGCCGCUGCCCAGCUCGGGGUCUGUGGAGCACCACUUUGGCCGAGCUGCCGUGUGCUCCGACGGGGCCCCUUGCUCUGCGGUAGGAAGAGACAUUCUAGCACGCAAUGGCUCUGUGGUUGAUGCUGCAGUUGCCACUCUACUCUGCAAUGGAGUGGUUAACUGUCAGAGUAUGGGGCUGGGAGGUGGCUUCUUGAUGACCCUCUACCUGCAUGAGCAACGCAAGGUCAUCACUCUCAAUGCAAGAGAGAGAGCUCCUGGCAGGGCUCACCCUGAGAUGUUUAAUGGAGACCGUAGCAAGGCUCAAUAUGUAGGGUUUGUUUUACUUGUGAUACAAAAAAGUAUCAGUAAGUUCAGCUGUGAAGUGGUUAUGCCUGCUGUGGAGAUCUGUGAGGAGGGUUACAAUAUGACCAAACAUCAAUCUGAUUUCUUAAAUCUGUAUGAAGACAAAAUUAGAAAGGAUCCCACACUGAGGUCAGUAUUUGAACACAGUUCUGGCAGAAUGCUUCAUAUGGGUGAAGUAGUGAAGCAUGGAAAGUUGUGUGAAACUCUGCGCUUGAUAUCUGAGCGUGGUGGAGAUGAUCUCUACACUGGUGAGCUUGCCAAGAUGCUGGUUGCUGAUAUGCAAGAAAUGGGUGGUGUCUUUACUGAAGAUGAUCUCAAAUCAUACAGUGUACAAUGGAAAGAACCUGUGUCGGUGACCCUGAAGACUGGAGAGACUGUGUAUUCUGUUCCUCCUCCGGGAUCUGGAGCUCUUCUCACUUUCAUGCUAGGAGUGCUCGAUGGUUUUAAUUUCACUAAGAGCAGCGUUUCUUCAGUUAAUGAAACAAUCUUAGCGUAUCAUCGAAUUGUGGAGUCCUUCAAGUUUGCUUUUGCUCAGAGAACAGAGUUAGGAGACCCUGACUUUGUUAAUACUACCCAACUGGUGUUGCAAUUGACUUCACCAGAAUAUGCAACUCAUAUUCGCAAUUUGAUUGAUGACAAUUCUACUUGGCAAGAUCCAAAAAAAUAUGGAGCUGUGUCUCUGAAUCAGGAUGAUCAUGGAACUGCUCAUGUCUCUAUUAUAGGUCCCAACGGAGAUGGUUUGGCAGUCACCAGCACUGUGAAUCUCUAUUUUGGUGCCAGUAUUGCUUCUAAGCAGACAGGAAUAAUUAUGAACAGUGUAAUGGACGACUUUUCCAAUAAGGAUUUUAAGAACUACUUUGGUUUACCAUGGUCACCAAAAAAUUCACUUCUUCCUGGCAAGCGACCCCUUUCCUCUAUGAGUCCCACAAUAAUUAUUGGUCAAGAUGGAAAUAUAAGAAUGGUUGUUGGAGCAUCAGGAGGCACCAAGAUCCCCACUGCCAUUCUUUAUGUGAUUGUUCGACAUCUAUGGUUUCAAGAAAGUGUAAAGGAAGCAGUUGAUGCUAGUCGCUUUCAUCAUCAGCUGUAUCCUAUGCAUAUUAGCUAUGAAUAUGGAGUGCUUGAUCCGGUUUUAAGAGGACUGGAGAAAAUUGGUCACAAAGUUGAGCGGUAUCGCAAUCGGGGAUCCAUCAUUUGUGCAGUGGCAAAGCAGAACAAUAGUGUUAUAGCUAAUGCAGACUUUAGAAAAGGAGGUGAAGUGUUUGGUUUGGACUGAAAGAAAGGGCUGGCUCCUUUCAAAGGUUUGAAAGAUCUGUUUUUAAGCCUAUGUGCAGAUGGCAGACUAUGGUAGACAGGUUGCUACAAUCUGUUAAAGUGAUAAUGGAAUUAUCAUGGCUCGGGUAGAAUUAGCUCACCCUGAGGCACUCAGAGAAGCUUUUUUUUUUAUUUAUACGUUUUAUUUAUAAGUUGUCAGAACUUCAAUUACCUUUAAUAGAUGACUUAAAUACUCAUAAUGAAGCACUCUGAAUUGAUAAAAGUAAUCUCUGUUUCUAGAAAGACUUUAUGUUUCCAUCAGAGACUCCCAGUUGUAUGUAUUAAUGUGUUAAAUUAUGAGUGAUAAUUAAUUACUCUCUGAAUGGGGGCACUCUUUCUAUUGGCAAACUUUCCUUUGUUGAACUGGCUUGAAGUCAGGUCAGUGUUUGAGGCAUCUGCUGUCCUUUUCCUCUUUGUUCUUCCUGAUUUUGAGUCUGAUCUUGGUAGUCACUGUGUGAACAUUCCAUGCAAUAUUUGCCAGUGUAAGAUGUGUUUCUAGAUGCUAGGCUGCCUAAUUUCCUACUGACUUGGUGCUAUCCAUUGGACUCUUUGAUGUGGCUUGAAUGUCAAUGAAACAUCUGCCUCUGUGGACUCCUAAGUGUGUAGUGCUUUUGUGCAGUGUAGAAUGAGCCAGUGGGCAAAACUAGCAGCAGUCUGCUCAUCUGGACUGCUAAAUAUCCAGCAGCGUCACAAUGGUUGUAAAUGUAAAUGAGUAAAUAAACUCGAAUGUUGAACAUGUAUUUUGUUAAUCCCCAACAUUAAUAUUAUCACUUGUACUUUUAUGUUCUGAUCUCCCUUUUCCCAUCCCAGUUUUAGUUUUAUAUUUAUAAUGUAGAAAAAUAAAAGUAC